AUGAGUUCCGAUCAAUCCGACGCUGAGAGCGCUUCCGAAACCUUUGUCGACGCCGAAGAAAAUCUCGGUGAAGAGGUAGAACUAAAGAAAUCGCUUCGAAAUUCAACCGCUACCCAGUCACCUUCGGCGGGCGAUUCUACCGGAUUCCUUUCUACACACCUCUCUGAUGAUGUUCGACAGGAUCUCGCGCCCUCGAGUAACACCUCGAAUACCGUUAUCCCGGAAAUUUCGGUGACUGACAUGUCCGAAAAUAAAGAUAACGAGGAUGUGAAACCCAGAGGAAUUGUCGACGUUGAUCUCGAUUCUUCGGUUAACGGCACGAAUGGAACAAAACUAGAGAAAAACACUGGCAACUCUGAAGUCGAUCAUGAUGGCAUUAGAGCGGAGGUUGAAGAUGAACCGAUCGAUAUCACAGUAUACGUCAAGGAUCUAGACACAGGCAAAAAAAUUCCCGCGUCUGAUCUAGAAGAAGAAAUAAGAAGGUCGAAUGGAAACAUCGAUCCAUUAUCCUUUACAAUAAUGAGGAGAAACAAUGAUUUUAAUGAUGAUAUGAAAAGUCAUAGUGAUGAGGACGAAAGAUCAAAUAGAAACCCCAAAUCGCUUCUGAAACGUUUGAAGAAACGUUCGUCGCGUCAUGAGAAAAAAGAUAUGGACGAGUUUGAUGUUACAGGAAAUAACGCACCGGUGUUUUCGGAAAACUUUGGAGGAUAUGGAAAUGCACAACCACACUAUAUAAAGACGCGCACAAGACACAAAAAAGAUAGGGAUUUUGAUAAAUUGUUUCUUGCCCAAGAGUUGAACAAUCCGAUCUCGAAUGAAAAUGGUGAAGCUAACUUGGGCAACAACGCUAUUUGGAUCAUGAAAUUUAGUAAGGAUGGAAAAUUUUUGGCGACUGGAGGUCAGGAUACGAUCGUUCGAGUUUGGGCAGUGAUCUCGAGCGACGAAGAGCGGGAACAUUUUCUUGAAGGAAGUGGAACUAGUGUGUAUGAAGGAACCAGCGGAGCAAAGUUAAGAGCGCCCGUAUUCCGCGACAAACCCUUAUAUGAAUAUUGUGGUCAUACAGCCGAUGUUUUAGACCUGAGUUGGAGCAAGAACAAUUUUUUGCUCUCUUCCUCUAUGGACAAAACCGUGAGAUUGUGGCAUAUAACGAGAAAAGAAUGUCUGUGCUGUUUUCAGCAUGCCGAUUUUGUGACAGCGAUCGCCUUUCAUCCAAAGGAUGACCGUUUUUUCCUGUCCGGAUCGUUAGACUGUAAACUACGCUUAUGGAAUAUACCAGACAAACGAGUUGCCCAUUGGAAUGAAGUUCCUGACCAAAAUUUAAUAACCGCGGUUGGCUUUACCCUUGAUGGUAAAAUGGCUGUAGCAGGAUGUUUUUCCGGAUUAUGUCAAUUUUAUGAGACAGUAGGGUUAAAAGAAUUUACCGGAUUCUCCGUGCGAAAUACUCGUGGGCGAAACUCAUCGGGCAAAAAAAUUACCGGAAUCGAGGCAAUGCCAGGAACUCAUCCUGGUCUCGACAAACUGUUGAUUAGUUCUAAUGAUUCAAGGAUUCGAUUGUACAACAUGCGCGACAAAUCCUUGGAGUGGAAAUACAAAGGAAUCGAAAACACCUGUAGUCAGAUUCGAGCCACAUUUAGCGAUGAUGGCCGUUAUAUCAUAAGUGGUUCCGAAGACAGGCAUAUAUAUAUAUUUAAGACGGAUCAGUCUAGCACGAAUUCUAAUAAUGGCGCUGGCGGAAACAGCUGGCUCAAAAAGGAAAAGUGUAGUUUCGAGAGUUUUGAAGCUCAUGGAGCCACCGUAACCGUUGCUAUUUUUGCGCCCACUCGCACCAAACAAUUGAUCGGGGUUUGUGGCGAUCCAAUCUUUGCGAAUCAUGACGCGUCUGUUUCACCUGAGAAUCGAACUUAUCCCGAUGGUAACAUAAUCGUCAGUGCUGAUUGUACCGGAAGGAUAAAGAUAUUUCGUCAAGACUGUGCUUAUUAUAGCUCUCAUGAUACAGACUCGCGUUCAAUUCGAAGCACAAGGUCAUUUAAUUCGAUACUUGGAAGCAAUAUAAAUAAUCUUUUUGUGAAGAAUAAGCAGCCUCAUAACGGAGGAAGGCCGAGAAGGAAGAGUGAUGCUUCAAGUAUGUUCUCGUUCACGUCGAGCGUUUUGAGUGCAGACGUGUCAACAAAUGGGAAUGAGGAUGAUGCCGAAGAAUUUCAAUGUGAGUGUGGAUCAACCGAAUUUAAAGCUUUCAUCAACAAGGGGAAGUCUAAGCUAGUGUGUGCCAAUUGUCACAAAAUCGCAUAA